AUGGUUCGUAAGGAUGCUAGCACGCACAUCCCGGAGACUAGAUAUCACCGUCUUAGUCAAGAGGAUGAUGGAUUUGUAGAUGCUCAGUUCAAGGCUGGACCCAGUCGCAUCCCUUGGAAGGCCAUAAGCUAUGCAAUACUUCUAUUUGCUGCUGGUACACUGUUGCUCGUCAUAGGAAGUCUUCUUGUUGCGGGUUACAUCGAGGAAAAAUAUGCUGACCGAACGUGGCCACUCAUCAUCCUCGGGGCCCUCAUGUUUAUUCCAGGGGCCUAUCAUUCUUAUAUCGCUUAUUAUGCUUUCAAAGGAUAUGAUGGAUAUUCUUUUGAUGACAUUCCUUCAUAUGAUGAUGACUGA